UAGACUGGUUAAUAUCACAAUCCGCAGUUCAAUUUCAAAAAAUUAUCGGAAUAAACGAAUUUUCCCACUUAGUAAAACACAUGGUGUUAUUGGUAUUCGUAAUUUAUCAACAUCUCGAUUACAGGUGGUGUUAAAAGUGUUUAAACGUCUGAUGAAACGCCCCUCAGUGGAAAAUAACCAAUAUUCAAUUUCAUGUAGAUGCAAGUAUUCACAUUGUUAAAAUGGAUGAAUCUGUAAAAAUGUUAUCGACAAAGUGUCGAUUAUGUGGAGAGUUGGAAAAUUUAAAUUCAGAUAUAUUUAGUGACGAAGCAAAACUACGUGAAUUACCAAGGAAAAUGGAAACAUGCCUACCAAUAAAAAUAAAUGAAGAGAACAAUACUCCAAAUAAAAUUUGUUACCGAUGUAUUUACAAAGUAGAAAAUUUUUAUGAUUUUUACAAUCAAGUUAAACAUAAUGUAAAAAAUUUUGAAACAAUGUUAAAAAAUACAUCAUUAAUAACAAAAUCAGCGGAUAUUUCCGAUGAAAAUAAAGAAAAUUCUGUUGAAAAUCGAAUAGAUUUAGUUGAUAAAUGUACGGUUACCGAUGAAUUAGAAUGUGAAAUAUGUAAAUCAAAACUAAGUUACAUAAAAAUUCACAUCCCAAAUAAAUUAGUUGAUUACGAUUCAGAUUCUAAAUCGAAUAGUGAUGAGACAAGACUGAGGGAUAAUUUACAAGAAAAUCAUUCCACGUAUACAAAUAUUUUAAAUGAAAUCUCAUUCAAGAAAAAGAAUCAAAAACGUACAAUUGAUUCAAUUUUAAAUACACUUGGUACAAAAAAACAAAAAGUCUCAGAUGAUAGUACAGUUUACUCGGAUGUUAUCCAAAGUGUUCCAUCACGGCGUAAAUCCAAACAACCAAAAAAAAUCACUGAUAAAAAACCUGUCGAGCAAACAUGUUUACUCUGUGACUUAAAAUUUGAAUCUCAUGAAUUAUUAGUCAAACAUCUAUACGAAUGUCAUGAAUUAGAACCGAAAGAGAUUUUUGAUCCAACUCUUAUAUCACAAACAAACAUACAAUACGCAAAAGAAAUAUCGAAUGUAAUUCGAAUCACAGAACGUUUAAAAACAACGGAACCGCGACCGCGUUUAAAAGAUGAUGUAUCUGAUGAAUCUGAAGAUACAGAAAUCAACAAUCGAUUUGAGUUACCACAAAUUCCAAUUCAAAUAGAUUUAGAAACGUUUGCGCAACAAUUAUGGACAGAACGGCAAUAUUUUAUGGAAUCAACACAAAUGAUCUUAACAAAUGGAUCAAAUCAACGUGGGGCGUAUAUUUGCCAAAUUUGUGCACGAGAUUUCCAUGACAAAUUCACAAUAUGGUUACAUUUAAAAUCAGUUCACCCGAAACAUGCCAGUUUAGCAUGUGGUAUUUGUUUACAAUUGAAUUUUAGUUGGGAACAAUUAAAGCAGCAUAUUCGAUAUGAGCAUAAUCCUAGUAAAUUAACUUUAGCGGAAAUACGAAAGUAUUUCUGUGUGAUUUGUUUACGGCAGCAUGAUUCGAAGAAAAAAUUACUAAGUCAUAUUUAUAUUCAUGAAUUUUUGGUUGAUGCAUAUAAGAAAAGUGGUAUAUAUUUUGAUCCUGAAGACUUUAUUAAAAUGAAUUUUGGUGGUAUUCGAAUUGAACAGGAUGCGAAUAAUUAUGAGAAUAAGAAUGAAGUGAUGGAUACUGGAGGAGUAUCAGGUCAAAAUUUGAACAAAAUUAAAAACAAUGGUUUUAAUGAUAUUUUAUAUAAUCAACUUACCAUGGAUGAAAACAUCGAGCAAGAUAUUGAAGAAAUAUCUUUAAACGGCGAUUAUGAAGAUAAUCCAGAUGUGGAACCACCUCAAAAUAAAAUUGAAGAAAAUGAUUCGAAUACACAAAAAACCCCAAGAAAUUAUACAUUAACUUAUGGAUGUGAAUGGUGUUCCCGUACAUUAUCCAGUAAAUGGGAACGAUGGUUGCAUGUGGCAGCAGCGCAUGCACCAAAUAUUGAAACAUUAAGAUGCUCAUUACCACAUUGUGAUAAAGUAUUUGUAACGGAAUCAUUUCGAAUUGAACAUGAACAACAUCAUCAGGUACAAGGACCUGUACCAAAUUCAUGUGAGGUAUGUUGUAAAUUAUGGAAUACACGUGUUGAUUUUUACAAACACAUGAUGGGUGUACACCCACAUGCGGUUCCUCUUGUGUGUGGUGUAUGUUUAAAAAUAUUUCCAACAGUUCCAAAUCUAUACGAACAUGUACAAACUUCACAUUUACCAUUACAAGGUGAUUUUGUUUGUAAUAUUUGUGGACGAAAUUACUCAAAUAAAUCUAAAAUGGUGCGACAUCGACGAAUACAUGGUGUUAAUGAAUCUGGAAUGUUUGUACCAAAUUUCAUGAAACCAGAAAAUGGGCAACGGCGAAUACAAAGGCGUGUUAAAAAUGAAGGUGCUAAAUCCGGAACAAAAUACUCAAAUAAUGAAUCACCAUCACCAUCAAUAAUUGAUACAAAAAAUCUAGAUAAUAAUUUACGUUCUUCUGGUGAUAAUUCAAAUCAAUCGUUACAUGAUAGCGAUUCAGAAAAUGACAAUUACGAAUCAUAUUCACCAAUGAACACAUCAUAUCCAGCAUCACAAAAACUAGAAACAUCUUUAUAUCAAACACGUAAUGAAAAUUUCCAACAGUGUAAAGAAUGUCCAACUUUAACAUUCACAAAUUACGAUGAUUUCUCCACACAUAGACGUGUAGUUCAUCAAAUAUUCCACUGUGAUUUAUGUAUUAAAUCAUACGGUCGCAAUUCUCAUUUAUGGAAGCAUGUAAACCGCUGCCACAAAGGAAAUAAAUUAAUAACAUGUCAACUGUGCUUUAAAACAUCCGCUUCGAAGUAUCACUUACAACAACAUUUUAAUAAAAUUCACGCACUAAAAUCUGAUCGUUUCAAAUUUAACAAUUCACCACAAUCGAUUGAAAGUUUCCUUGACAAAAAAUUCGAUGGAUACAGUUUUGAGAGUGUAAAACAAAGUUUUCUGCGACAAGAACUGUUAGAAAAAGAACAAAUGAAGAACGAAACAAAAUUAACAGAUACCAAACCUGAUAUUUAUUCUAAAGAACCACCCCAAGAGAUAGAUAUAAACAGUGAAUUAUACACAAGUAUUAUUACAAAUUAUAACCCUCCAACAGCAUCAGCGGGGCCGUAUAAAUGCUUAAAAUGCAGUAAAGGAUUUACAAAACGAUAUUUAUUAAAAAAACAUAAGAAAAAUUGUCGACCUCGCUUACAAAAAGAUUUAUUGACUCGCUGUAAAUCAUGUGAACGUAUUUUUAAAGAUCGUCAAAGUUUACAAAAACAUUUAGCGAAUUAUCAUUCAGAAUUUAAAUGUCAUUUAUGUAUGUUAACAUUCCCGUCAAAAUGUGAGAUUAUAUCACAUAUACGAUUCACACAUCCAAAUCAUACAGAUUUUGUAUGCGAGUGUGGGCAAAUCUUACGUUCCAAAGAUGAUCUACAGGUGCAUAAAUCUGAUCAUCGUAAUAGUCACAUAUGUCAAUUUUGUGGUGAUAGUUUAUUAACUAAAAUGAAAUUAAAAAUGCAUAUUUUAAGUUUGCAUCGUAAAAUUUUAUCAUUAAGUUGUGGCAUUUGCUUAAAAUUGUUUGCAACACAACAUGUAUUACGUGAUCACGUUAAAUUAGUACACUUUCGUGAUACGAAAUUUGGUAAUUGUUGUCCGGUGUGUGGUAAAAAAUAUGGUUCUAAAUGGAAAUGUUUUGAUCAUAUUAAUAAAUCACAUGGGAAAAUAUUUAAACCAUGUAAAAUCUGUUUAAGUGUAUUCGAAAGUGAGAUUCAAUUACGUGAUCAUUUUUGUGCGGUGCAUCUAGGUGUAGUAGGAGGUCCAAAUGAAUCAUCAAACCCAAUGCAACCCCAUGCCGAAGAAGUUAAACCUAAUGAAUAUCAAAGUAGUGAUAAUGAGGAAGAUUAUCAUAGUGAUUCGUCACUAAAUUUACCACAAAUACCAAAAAUAACGUUAACUUCAAAUAAAAGCCAACCAGAUAAUUAUAGUAUUGUUAAUAAAUCUGAUUAUUAUGUAAAUACACCGACACCGGUCAAAACAAAUAAUUAUCACCAAGCAAAACGUACUGUUUAUGAAAACUCCGAUGCCCCUUCAAUGUGUGAGAUCUGUUUAAAAACAUGGCCGGCAAAAAAACACUUAUGGCAACAUUAUAUACGAUGUCACAAGCGUGAUGCGGCUACGAUUUGUGGAAUUUGCUUGAAAACUCAUGAAACAUAUUUAGAAUUGCGUAAACAUUUACAUGAGAAACAUCCAAAUUUAUUACAUGGACGUGGUUUCAGUUCGAAUUUUAUUUGUAAAAUUUGUGGACGUUAUCAUAAUGCUAGUUCCAAGUUAAAAUUACAUAUGGCAAUUCAUGUUAAUUAUGAUUUAACCGAUGACUAUGAUUACAGCGUAAUUAAACAGGAACCAGUUCAAGAAAUUUCACAAUCAGAACUCACUAUCACAACUAAAGAAGAACAACAAUCUGAGUCAGAGAUUGAGGAGGAGGAGGAAGAAUACAAAACAGUUCCACAGCAUAAAGAGAGUGAUGUGGAAAACGAAUCAUUAUUUACUGGUUUUAGUCUACAGCAACGUAAGAAUAGUGAAAAUUACUACCGAAAUUAUUCAAGUUUAUUAGAUUGUUUCCAAAUAAUGGAAACAUCACCACCAAAGAAUUUAAUUAGUGAUUUAGAUGAAUCGGAUGAUAUUGAUGUUAUUAAAUCCGAUGAAGAAGAUGAGAAUAGCGAGGAUGAUGAUCAAAAUAGCGAAUGCGAUUCUGAAGAUGAAAGGCGUAAACUUUUAUUAAAAAUGUCACCAAUUAGUAUUAAAUCAGCGAAUGAUGAUAAAGAUUACUCUGAUUUUGAUGAUGAAGAUGACGAGUUAAAAAUUGAUGAACAUGCACCAAAAAAUAAUGAAGAACAAGAACCACCACGCGAUGAUCAAAGAGCUUCGUCAAAAUUAACAAAUGAUAGUGAAAUCUCAAAUUUGUAUUACGAAGGACCUUCGUAUAAAGAUGAUGAAGACGUGUCAUCAUCGGAAAGCUCUGAAAACGAUGAUGACAAAGAGAAAUCAAAAUUUGAAGUUGAUCCAACUAAUAAUAUAAUUGUUUUAAAAUAUGACGAUGGAAGAGAAGUACGCUAUGAAAAUUUAAAUAUGGAAUAUGAAAUUGUGAAUGAGGAAGUGCAUGGGGAGGAGGUACAUGAGCAUGAUGAAGAGCAUGAAAUUCAAUAUGAAGAAGAAGAAGAAGAAGUGUACCAAAAUAAAAAUUAUAAUGUUGAAGUUGAUCAGACGUCUGUUAUAGAGAAUGCAAUUAAAAGUAUAAAUAAUUCAUCGGAUUUAGAGAAUACAAAUCAUUCAGAGCAUACAUACGAUGAGUUCGAUGAACAUGCUGAGAUUAUGGAACAUUCACAAGAUGAACAUGAUCUAAUGUUGGAAGAAGAAGUUGUUACUGAGGAUUUUACACAAAGUGCUCCAUAUUCCUACUGAAGUAUAAUAAUGAUGUAUUGAUGUAUGUUAUUAAUAAUU